AUGCUGCUCUAGCUGAGCUUCAUUUUGCUAAUGACGAUUUUUGUCUUUAUUUGUUAAAGCAAUAACAUCAUCUGAUCUUAAAUGUUCCAGAGCAGCAAAUGGUUGAAAUCUUUUGGAUUUAUUAUUAUUUCUUAGUGUCACUGAGGGUUUUUUUUUUUUUAGUUGAACCUGUUUCUUACAGACAAGCUGAAGCAUUUUCUCUGUUUGUAGAUGCCCCGGGACCAGACAGUGUGUAAAUACUGCGGGGUCAGCUACCUGACACUCCACGAGUUUAAGGUGAUGGAAGACAAAGUCAAAGCAAUGGAGAAGGAGAUUAAAGUUUAUAAAGGAUGUCUAGAACGGGAGCAGAGGCUUCAGGCAGAGUUGCAGGCUCUUCACCACGACCUGGAGCGCUGCCGGGCUGAGAGUGAAUCCAAAACAGAAAGGAUAAAAGCCUUGACAGUGGAACUUAAAACCAAGCAGGAGGAGAUGAAAACUGUGAAAGCUGAUUUGCAAUAUUUCCAGGAGGAGAAGGAAGCUGCCUACAAACAGUCACAGGUGCUCAGAACUACCUUGGAACAUCAUUGCUCCACUCUGAACAAGGCUGUCUCACUGUUCCCUUUCAUUAGGAGUGAAUUAGACAGCAUUAAAGAGGUCAUCUCCACCAACCUGGAGAACUUUGCUGCCAUGAAGGAAGAAAUUUUUCAGCAAAUAAAAGCCGUGAGCAAAGAAGCUCUGACAGAAAUCCCCAAACUGAACCAAAGAUUGGCAAAAUCUCAGCGGGAGAACGAGUGUCUGCAGGAGAAGGUCAGACACCUCACUGGGGUGGCUGACACAGUGGAGCUGAAAACUCAGCAGCUCCAAACUUCCCUGCAGCAGGGGAGCGAGCUCCAGAGUCGCUGCCGUGAGCUGCAGAAGGAAACUUUGGAUUUAACAAAUCAGGUGGAGACAGCUGGCCUGCAGCUGCAGAAGGUGACAGCAGAGCUGGACCACUACAAGAAGCUGUUGCUGGUGAAGUCAACAGAACUUGAUGUCUGUCAAAAUGAACUGAAAAAGAUCAAAUAUGAAAAUGGAAUUGCUGAGUCCAGGCUUAUGAAAGAACUGAAGGAAAAAGAGGAAUCCCUUCUCAUUUGCCAACAAAUCUGCAAACAUUUACAGGAGGAAGUGGCUGAGAAAGAAAGGAAAGAAGAAGAUCUGAAAAGAAGAACAGGGAGAUCAGAGAGUGAGCUGGAAACCCUUAAAGCUCUCCUGAGCCAAACAGAGCAGGAGGUGCUGAUGCUGAAACAGGAAAGGGAGCUGCUGCUGGUGUCCCAGCAGAGCAGGACGGAGCAGCUGCAGGAGGCGCUGAGGCAGAAGGUUCGGAGCGAGGAUUCCUGGAGGGACAAGCUGGAAAUGGACCUGGCCAAAGGGGAGGCUCGGCACAAGGAGACAAUGCUGAAAGUCAGGGAAGAGGCCAGAGUGGAGCUGGAGCUGGAGAGACAAAAACAGCAGGAGCUGAUCAGCAAAUUCCAGAGGGAGCACGAGGAGCUGCAGCAGAAGAUCCCAGGUUUAAUAUCCAGUGCCACCAAGAGUUUGAGGAUGGAGACAGAAAUUCUGGAGAAGAAGCUCCAAGAUGCCCAAAUGAAGCUGGCAGAGAAGGAUGGGGACAGGGAAAAAGAAAUCCAGGGCCUUAAAAGGCUCAUCAGUGAACUGGAAUUCCAGCUGACCAUGGAAAAGAGCAACAAUGAAUCAUUCCUGGACAAACUGAGGAAAGAAAUUAAGCACAAGUCAGAUGAGCUGGAAAAAUUAAGCCAGGAGAAGACACAGCUGAUUCACAGUUUGAGUCAAGUUCAAGAGGAGGUAGGAACAGGACCCAGGAAAUGCCUGGUUAUUUUUGUUUGCAGACAUGUGAUUUUUAAAAUCAUUCAAAGUUCUGUGUUUCUGGCCAGAAAAUCCAUUGAAACACAAAGAUUUCUCAAACAAAUCCAUCAUCAUUUCCUGAGUAUGGUAGAUGACAAAAGAUGUGAACGUUUCGAGCUGACGGCGGCUCUGGGCCGUGCCCGGGAUCAGGUGCUGGAGCUGCGGAGGCUCAGUGGGACCCUGCCGGCCUCGCCCCGCUCGCUGCCCCCCGGCGAUCUCCGCCUGUCCGGACACCUGGGGACGGCCAGGGCUGCCCGGGGCCCCGGCUCGGGCCGGCACGGAGGUGGCAGCAGCAGCACCGGGUCCCUCGAUGCCAUCCCGGCCAAGGCAAGGGCGGCCCCGCCGGGCGAGCCCCGCAGCCGCGGCCCCGCCGGGAUGAGGCUCCGGCCGAGCCAGCUCUGA